GGGCGCCCACGGGUGAGGUCAUCACCAGGCGCCUAAGAGGAAAGCUGGAAGCGCAGAGUCAUCUGAGCCAUUAUGGCAGUCAAGUGGACUGGUGGACAUUUUUCUCCUGUUCUCUGCCUGAAUGCAAGUCAAGAAGGGCUAGUGGCUUCUGGAGCAGAAGGUGGAGAUCUCAUGGUUUGGGGUGAAGAUGGGACUCCAUUAGGACACACACGCUUCCAAGGGGCAGACGAUGUUACCAGUGUCUUAUUUGCUCCCUCCUGCCCCACCAAGCUCUAUGCCUCACAUGGAGAAACCAUUAGCAUACUGGAUGUCAGGUCUCUCAAAGGAUCCUUGGACGAUUUUCAUGCGAAUGAAGAAGAAAUCAACUGUGUUUCACUGAAUGAAACUGAAAACCUUCUGGCUUCUGCUGAUGACUCCGGAACAAUCAAAAUCCUAGACUUGGAAAAUAAGAAAGUUAGCAGAUCACUGAAGAGACAUUCCAAUAUCUGUUCUUCCGUAGCUUUUCGGCCUCAAAGACCUCAGAGCCUGGUGUCAUGUGGACUGGAUAUGCAGGUGAUGCUGUGGAACCUUCAGAAAGCCCGGCCACUCUGGAUUACAAAUUUGCAGGAGGAUGAAACAGAAGAAAUGGAAGACCCACAAUCACCUGGUCAGCUUUUAAACCCUGCCCUAGCCCACUCUGUGUCUGUGGCAUCAUGUGGCAAUAUUUUUAGUUGUGGUGCAGAAGAUGGUAAGAUUCGAAUCUUUAGGGUGAUGGGAGUCAAGUGUGAACAGGAACUGGGAUUUAAGGGCCACACCUUAGGGGUAUCCCAUGUCUGCUUUCUGCCAGAAUCUUAUUUGCUGCUUACUGGAGGGAAUGAUGGAAAGAUAAUGUUGUGGGAUAUAGGCAGUGAAGUUGAGAAAAAACAGAAGAGUCCUAUAAAACAUACCCAUAAGAAGAAAACCAAAAGGGCAGCUUAUACCAAGCAGAGUGGAAACACUCAUGCUUCAGUAGCAGGUGAAGACGAACGUGGCAAAAUUUUACCAAAGUUAAGUAUUGAACAUGGAGAAAAAGUGAACUGGCUCUUGAGUACAAAAAUAAAGGGAUACCAGAAUAUAUUGGUAGCUGAUCAAACUAAUUGUAUAUCUGUAUAUCCUUUAAAAGAAUUUUAAAUCCAAUAAAACACUUGAAAAACUGCAGAACUUUUUAUGGGUUAAAAAAAAUCCUGCUUCUUUGUUUGAACCAUUUGUCAUAUGUGGAAAUAAUACCAUUCCAUCAUAUAAAUUUUAAAACAUUUGAGCAAAAGAUAAUUGGGUAACAUUUCUUAUAGUAAAUGACAUAUUAAAAUUUGGAGAA